GUGGAGAUGUGACGGCAAAGAACAUCUGGCUGGCGGAGAACAUCCUGGACAUGCUCAGCGAGCAAAGGGAAUGGGUGCUGAAGAGCGCCAUGCUGAUCGCCAUGUCGGUGUACACCUACCUGCGGCUCAUCGUGGACCACCACGGCUCCCCUCCGCUCCAGGCCCUGCGGCAGAAAGAAGUCGACUUUUGCAUCUUCCUGCUCCGGGACAGGUUCAUGGAUUGCUUCAUGAUCGGCAGGGACCUGGUGCGGCUCCUCCAGAAUGUGGCCCGGAUCCCCGAGUUCGAACUGCUCUGGAAGGAUCUCGUCCACAACCCGCAGGCCCUGAGCCCGCAGUUCACAGGGGUGUUGCAGUUGCUGCAGUCGCGGACGUCGCGGAAGUUCCUGGCCUGCCGCCUCACGCCGGAUAUGGAGACCAAGCUCCUCUUCAUGACGUCUCGGGUGCGCUUUGGGCAGCAGAAGCGCUACCAGGACUGGUUCCAGCGGCAGUACCUCUCCACGCCGGACAGCCAGUCCCUGCGCUGCGACCUGAUCCGCUACAUCUGCGGCGUGGUCCACCCGUCCAACGAGGUGCUCAGCUCCGACAUCCUCCCGCGCUGGGCCAUCAUCGGGUGGCUCCUCACCACCUGCACGUCCAACGUUGCUGCUUCAAACGCCAAGCUUGCCUUGUUUUACGACUGGCUCUUCUUCAACCCGGAGAAGGACAGCAUCAUGAACAUCG